AGAUGUACUAUGAUUGAGGCCUAGGCCGUGAAUUAAAUAUUUAUUUAUUCUGAAGUGCGAGCUACAUGUACCGAAACGAGUGAAACGUGAUGCUCGCUUUCUUGAGAUUUCAAAGCUAUCGAGUGUAUUCUACAACGGCCUUUUAGUUUUUAGAAUUCAUCAUGGAGGAAACGGUGAAUGGGAGUGUUGCAGAUGAAAAUUCGAGGGAACGAUACGUCGGCGGAAUAGAGAUCACGAAGGAAGAGUAUGACGAAAUAAUCAGCACGUGCAAGUAUUCAUCGAAUAAUAUUGAGGAAAUCUUGGAGAAGGAAGAAUUUUCUGAAGAUUUUUAUGAGUCCUUGGAUGAAAAUGAUUUCAAUUUUCGCUACGUUCAAGAAGACAACUGGAGAAUGCCAAUUCGAAUUCCCACUAAUGAAGCAUCGGAAGGUGGUGCUAUGCAAGAAUUCGGCAUUUUAGAAUUUUGCGUCGGCAUCGGUGGGGACAGAAUUGUUCACACGAGGGACAGCGUGACAGACGUGCAAGAGAAAUUAUCCAUGCGCGACUUCAUGAACUUGUGGAACAAACACGAGCCAGAGAAGAAGUUUGAAAUGAUGUCUUUGGAAGUUUCGAACUGUUUCCUCGAAAAGUACAUCAGAAUUCCUCGUAUCGUUCGACAGUUGGAUUGGGUCGAACGCGCGUGGCCGAGGCAUUUGCGUCAUUUGCAGACUGAGUCGAUGUCACAGGAUGUGAUGAUGUAUCCAAAGACGCAGAAGAUUGUUACCAUGUCAACAAAGGAUUGCUUUAGCAACUUCCGCAUAGAAUCCAGUGGCGCUUCAGUGUGGUUUCAUAUAAGAUCUGGAAAGAAAAUUUUUUUUCUGGUGCCCCCCGGCGUGGAACGGCAUGCCUUGUAUUGGGCCUGGGAGCGUCGACCGGAAUGUAGAAAGAACUUCUUCGGAUCCAUGGUUGACGUAUAUGGCAGAGUAAUCGUUUCCGCUGGGGAAACUCUGGUUAUCCCUGGUGGAUGGAUAUACGCAAGCUUUUCUGUCGAAGAUACAAUUGCAUAUGGUGGCGUUUUCCUUCACAGCUUUAAUGUCCCACUCCAGUGUGAGGCAUUCAUACAAGAGGAUCUGAUGAAGGUAGCUCCGGAAAAAAUGUAUCCUCUAUUCAUUGAGCUGCAUUGGUACGUUUUAGCAAGAUACGUAAGCGUGCUUCUCGGAAGAAAUCAUGUCGUGGAUCUACAAGAAGACUCCGACAUUCCUGCAGACCAAACCACAUCGUUUGACAGGCCUUGCAGAUUUCGCCCGGGCGUCAGCAUGAGCAAACCGGAAUUGGCCGGUUUAUGCAACAUGCUAAUAUUCAUGACGUCUCUGCCGGUCGAACAUCGCGUUAGACCAGAAUUCAUUCCAAAUCCACACGCUCUGAUCAAAGACAUUUCGUUCAUUGUUGCAAAAUUCGACGAGUUCAACGAAUUCAAAAUUUUGGAACGUCCGUCGCUCCGAUGGGAGGAUGAAAUCCGAGGACCGGAUCCGUUUCUCCGCCGGCUGAAUCACGGUUUCCGUGAACCCAUGAAGCCUCGAGGAGUGGGCAACUCGAAAUUUCGCGUGAAUUCUACUUGGCGUCAUUUGGCUCGCCAGCUCGUUUCUGUGGAUGCGAAAGAGGUUUUGGUGCCGACGCACCCGCAAAAUCUCAAGGACAUGCACAAGCUGGUGGUGGUUAAAUACCCGGAAUUGGAAGACAUUUUCCAAGUAAUCAAACCCUCGGCGAACAAAAGGAGAAGGCGCCAGCGUUGCUUGGAUUGUACGAAUUGUCACAACAAGGAGUGUGGGGAGUGUAUUUUCUGCUUGGAUAUGCCGAAAUUCGGCGGUGAUGCCAAGUUGAAGAAAAGUUGCAUCAAGCGGCAGUGUGUAACCCCCACUUUACCGUUCAAAGUGAUCUGUGAUGUAUGUGAAGUUGCGCAACCUGAAGACGCUCCACCGCCUACAAUCGAACGUCCGAAUUUGGAUGGCUUGUACGAGUGCUUAGCUUGCUGGUCCAUCACUCAUCGCGAUUGUUCCAACGCUAAGGAUACUUCUCAUGAAGGACGCAUUCUUGACUUCUUGCCUUCGCUCUGGUUGUGUAAAGGUUGCAUUUCGAAAUACAUGCGCCAGAAGGGAAAACCUUCCAAUGGAACUGCAGAUAAGGUUGACGCUCAUUUGCCAUCUAAUGGCAAGGCUAACUCAGCGGAGCCGUCAGUUCCCAGCAGUAACCCAGGUUUUCAACAAGAAUCUUCCUCUCAACGCAGUGUAAGGAAGAAACCGUUGUACGCUGUCCGGCCUAUUGUCAUCAGAGAAGGUCGUCGUCUGUCUUCAGCUGACAACAUUUUACCGCAAGAUGUGAUGGUCCGGAUUUUCGGGUAUCUGUCGAAAAACGACUUGUGCACGUGCAUGCGGGUUUGCAAAUUAUGGAACCGAUUUUCUGUGGAUCCAAGGCUGUGGAGGAGCUUGGAUCUGUCGCACACGAGGAGAUUUCAUGACUCAAUUUUAACGGGGAUUGUGAGGAGGCAGCCGAUGAAUCUAGAUCUGAGUUGGUCUUCAGUGAAUAGGGAGCAACUUUCUUGGAUGUUGGAACGGCUGCCGAGUCUUCAAAAUCUUUCCUUAGCGGGUCUGACCUGGCUUGAUGUUUCCGCUCUACGACAUUUCAGUUGUCCUGCGAACCUCAAAAUUUUAGACCUAAGCUACGUUGGUGGUUUCGGUGACACUGAACUCAAACGUCUACUGUCGCCGCCUAUCGACGGCCGGCCGGGAAUAUUAUCCGGAGAACCUCGAUUGAAGAAUUUAACCACGAUUGUUCUCUGUGGUACGAGAACUACGCAAGAUUCCGCUACGAAAUUGAUCGAAGAAUUGAAAUUCAAGCAACUGAAAGUAUUGAUCAGGAAACCUGAUGCAUAGAUCUUCAACAGACAACCCGUGUUGGUAUAUUUUCUCGAUUCGUAUUUUUGUGUAUGUGGGUGUCGCGACUAGACAUGUGAUAAAAUCGUAUUUUUUGACGAA